GCAAUUUUAGUGCAAUAUUCACACCACUGUUUCCCAAAAUGUGUGCAGAUAUUGUAACGUUUCAGGGUUUUUGUGACAUUUUGUCCCUUUUUGUUUAAGUUUUUUUUGCACAUUUCUUGCCUUAAUUGUGCUGUUUUUAGUCCAUAUUUGUACAUUUUUGUUGUCUCACAUGAUCGUACAACCAUCUUCGUUUUAAACUGUAAUUUUGUGAGCAUUUUUUGUUCUCUCCUUUCUUUUAAGAUUUCUUUUUAAUUUUAUACCGUUUCGUUGAAUUUUUGGACCAUUUUCAUUUCUUUCUGCACAGUUUUUAUGCCAGUGUUUAGUAACAGUUUGGUCAUUUGUUCACUGACUUUGAUAGUGUUCCAAGAUUUACUGAAUUGUUGUGAAUUUCAGAGAGAGCAGGAGAGAGAGAGACUCAGGAAUAAAGGAGGGGAGGGAGACUAAAGAGACCCAGUGAGAGAGAGUCCUGGUCUUCAGUUGGAUUAUGGCUCCCAGGAGGAUGGAAACUAAACCGGUGAUCUUCUGUCUGAAGACGCUGCUGCUGCUCUACUCCUUCAUCUUCUGGGUGACAGGUGUUGUCCUGCUGUCGGUGGGUUUGUGGUGGAAGUUCAUGUUGGGCCCCUACAUGCUGCUGAUCUCCAGCGGCCCCUCCAACGCUCCGUACAUCCUCGCCGGCACCGGAGUCGCCAUCGUGCUGUUCGGACUGUUUGGCUGCUUCGCUACCUGUAGGGGGCGCCCCUGGAUGCUGAAACUGUACGCCGCGUUCCUAUCUCUGGUCUUCAUGACUGAACUCAUCGCUGGAAUCUCUGGAUUUGUCUUUCGCCACGAGAUUAAAGGGACGUUCCUCACGACGUACAGCGAAGCAGUGACGAGAUACGACGGACGAGACGACAGGAGUCUGGCUGUGGACGGUGUUCAACGUAGACUACACUGCUGUGGAGUUUAUAACUACACCAGCUGGUUCAGCAGUGUGUAUUUUCCGGUCAGUGGGAUUCCUGCCAGCUGCUGUGUUAGUUUCUCUGACUGCAGCUCAGCCGACUUGAAGAACGCAACUCUGGCUGCUCACAAAGUCCACAAACAGGGUUGUUAUGAGUUGGUGACGUCCUUCAUAGAGGGAAACAUGGGAAUCAUCGCUGGUGUUACCUUUGGCAUUGCCUUCUCUCAGUUGAUCGGGAUGUCUCUGGCAUGCUGUUUGUCUCGCUUCAUCAACGCCAACCAGUACGAGAUGGUUUGACAGAAAAGAGACGAUGUAGGUCAGCAUGUAAACUCCGGGAGAGACACACAGCAUCUUGUAUAAACACAAAUCCCACGACACUCUUGUUGUAUUUAUUGAAAUAUCUGAAUUUCUUAGACUUCUUGCCCUCUGCUCUUUGUUUCUCACUCCAGGAUUAAUUUUUCAGAUUGUUGUGGCCUAAAAUGUCAGAUUUCACUGCAGAUACAUACAACAACACAUGGUUUUCUUUGCUGCCCCCAAGUGGACAAAUAAGUAUAAUAAUAAAAAAAAAGGUCACACAGAAUGAAUGUGGAUUGGCUGAAGCUGUGUUAAUCGUUUUUUUUGCCACUUUCAUGAAGAUGAACUCUAGUCCUUUGUAUGAAACUCUUUUGUGGGUUCAGGUCAAGAAAUAAUGAAUAAGCAAUAGUAAAUAAAUUGAGAAUAAUAUCAUGGUGCCACCUUGGGCGUCAAUCUGAAACGUUUCCUGUAGUUUUUAUUUUGUUGAUGAUGUGUUUUCUGUAAAAAUAUAAUAUAUUUACGUAAAUAUAAAAUUUAAAAACUUUUUGUACAUUUUGAUUUAAAAGUCUGAUAAAGACUAUGUUAGAGGUUGAGUUGAGAUAUAUUUGAGUUCAUUUUAGGGACCAAUUUCUGACCCAGAGGCCCCUGAACGCACCAUGUGUUAUCACUGAUAAUAUUGCUUUGCUGUUUGUCAGGUUGUUAUGAGUGUUGGCGUCAGAAACAAAUUCAUGUGACACUUAAUUUAACAGUAAUUUAAUGUUUUUUUUAGUGGGAGUGAAGCUGUGUGUUAAAACUGUAAAACUUCAUCUGAUCACAAAUAAAAACUUAAAAUUUCAGUCAAUAAUGUUGAAGGUUUAUAUAUUGAAGAUAAUUAUAUUCAUAA